AUGUUUAUUUCUGUGCUUUUCAAGUAUUUGUCGUGUGAUUCCUUUCUGUAUUUUGAAGCAAACAAUGCUACUACUUGUCAUAUACCAGUGAUGCAUUUUGUUUCCAAUCUAAACGAAUGCGAAGCAGAUAAGGGAAUCUGUGGUGAUUAUGCUAUCUGUAACAAUACAAUUGGAAGUUACUCCUGUUCGUGUGAAGAAGGAUUCAGGCUUGUUUCUAAGAACAUCUUUGCUAGCAAUGCAAGUACUUCUGGUUGCAAUGGUCAGACAUGUGCCUGCUGUCCUGAGUCUCUAAAUCCAAAUGUUCUUCAGUGUUCUUCUGGAAACUUCAUUUUAUCUAACAAAACCCAGAACAUUAUUAACAAUCUAGGAGACAGUGUGAGAUUCAAUGAUUCGAAUAUUACACUGCCGAAUGAGGUCCGGCAAAAAGAAAUAACAAGAUUCCUUAGGAAUGUUGAAGAAAACAUUGUACGUGAUGUGCUUUCAUCACUGAACAAAAGUGGAGCAACAGAAGAAAUAAUAUACCAUUAUACAAGGGAAACUGUUAUUGUUGCCUAUUCAGUGCCACGUAGUAGCAGCAAUGUUGAAAAAUGGCUUACACUAAAAGCAGGAGAAACUACAAUGAAUAUUAAGAAGAAAACAGUCAUUACUGGGACCAAACCAGAUACACCACCUUUUACUAUGCUGGCAUCAUUCCACGGGCCCGAAAUUGAGUCAAUACUAUCUAGUGGUCAUCUAAUUGACAAACCGCAAUCGGAUUACAACUAUACUGUGAAUUCAAAAGUAGUUAUUGCAACAAUUUCUAGCGAGUGGAAGUAUAACCUCACAGAUCCAGUCAUUUUGACAUUUCAGACUGCAAAGAAUGACAAAGAUAGUGUGAAAAUACAUCGCUGUGUCUUCUGGAAAACUGAUAACAAAAAUAGAAGUGGAUGGUCCAGUGAAGGAUGCUUUCUCUCUGAAACAAAUUCCAACAGAACACACAUAACAUGUGAAUGUGAACACUUAAGCAGCUUCUGUGUACUAAUGGUCCUGGAUGAGACAUUUCAGGACGAGACAGCACUAAACAUUAUUUCAUAUAUUGGACUUACCUUGUCAGUCAUCUGUCUGAUUCUUUCAAUCCUGACAUUUUUGCUGUGUCAGUCCAUAAGAAAUGCAAACACAACAAUGCUCAUCAACCUCUGCAUUUGCCUGCUCAUAGCAAAUAUUGUGUUCCUUUUCGGCAUCUCUCAGACCAACACUCAGAUAUUGUGCAAAGUUACUGCAGCUUUCCUGCACUACUUCCUCUUAGCCUGUUUCUGUUGGAUGUGCAUUGGUGCACUUCAGCUCCAGCUUAUGGUACAAAACCUUAUGGUACUUAAAGCCUUUCAAAGACAUUCUAUCCAAAGGCGGUACAUAUAUCCUGUAGGUUAUGGAGUACCUGCUGUAAUUGUAAUAGUUGCAGCAGCUGUUUUCCCUCGUGGAUAUGGAACAACAAAAAUAUGCUGGCUAAGUCUGGAAAGUGGCUUUAUAUGGAGCUUCAUGGGACCUGUAUGUUUUAUAAUUGGGUUGAACAUAUUUUUAUUCAUCAAAACUGUCUAUGAGUUAAGAAAACAUUUUCAGUCAAUCGAUAAAGACGUAUCAAAGAUCAAGAACACAAAGAUACCUCUUUUUAAGGCCAUUGCUCAGUUCCUUGUACUGGGCUGCACAUGGAUAUUUGGGAUGUUCCAGUUUCACAACGCGACAAUUAUGUCGUACCUCUUCACAAUACUGAACAGCUUCCAUGGAGUUUUCAUUUUUCUGCUCUAUUGUGCUGCUAACAAACAGGUCAUUAAUAAAUACAAAACUUGGCUUCGAAGACUCUUCAGCACUGCGAGAAGCAGAAAGGAACUUAGUACCAUCAACAGCGCAACCACAACCACCACCACCACCAGUACCACACCUGCCACAACAGAAGCUACAUUACAAGGAGAAGCUUAUAACAUGGAAUUAAUAAAAAAGAAUGUGAAAACCCAAGAAGAAUAGUGGAUGAAAGUGAAUCUGAAGCAAUGUGAAACAAAGAUUUAUAAUAUAUUUCUGUUCAUCUCAGCUAAACAGAAUAUUACAAGUGCAAAUCAAUCCUGCAUCUUCCUUAGAUGUAGUAAAUGUUUCUGAAUGUGUGAAACUUAUUGCAUUUGUCUAAAGGAUGUCACUUAUUUCGUUACCCCUAAUAUUCUGUUUAUAAAAACAAAAAUUGAGAAUGUAUUUCUUUUGGUGUGGUCAGUAAAUUUUCAUAUUACUGUAUGUAUAUAUGGUCUUGUAUUAAUGGAAUCAAAUGAUACUCAUCCAGUUUUAUUUUCAAAGUGCAGCCAUCCAUUUAUAUGUUUCAAAAGAGUAUUAUUUUUAAAUGAAUGCAAAUGUUAUGUUUUUUCAGUAAUUCUUCUAAUUGUACAGAAAAAAAUGUUUCUGGUAGGAUGACAGUUAUACGGAGAUGAAAAACUGCACAUUUACAUUGGAAAAUAUCAGAUAUUCUAGUUUGAUUUUAGGGUAAAUGUGCCUUUGUGUUAUAUGCUGGUGAAUCUGCUGGUCCACUCAAACCCUUCUUUGUCCUUCUCCCCUACAUAUUGCCCACUGUUUGGCAGUAACCUACAUGCUACAUUUACUACUUACUAUUACACUUCUAACUCUCCCCUCUAUCUCCACAUCCCUCCAUCAUACAUUACCAGACCUCCACCACAGCCCCAUUUUUCCUCACCAAAAUAACUAUUCCCCAAGUCCAUUCUAUUUCCCUCUAUCACCCUCUCUUUUUUCCCAUCACAAUGCCUACCUUUAUAAAAUUAAAUACCCCACAUCUUAUUAACUUCCUUCUAAGUCAAAACUAAAGUCUGACUACCUCUACUCUCUCCUCCCCAAUUCCUCUUCCUUCUUAAACAUUCUACUUCGCUGUGGUGAUAUUCAUCCCAACCCAGGCCCUGACACUCUCCUCACUCAUCUGUCCUCCACAGCAACUUUCAAUCUCUACAAACAAGCCCUCAACAUCUGUUUACCCAAUCACUAAGACUCUUAAAAUUAUGGCUCUCAACAUCCAAAGUAUCCAAAACAAAGUCUCUGAACUGCAUUCCUGGCUAUCACUUUAUACCCCCAAUAUUCUCUCCAUCUCUGAAACUUGGCUAAAACCUCACAUUAUUAAUACUGAAAUCUUACCCCCUGGCUACAAUAUUUUCCUCCAAUUUAGACCUAAAAAAGGGUGGAGGAGUUGCUCUGCUAUACUCUGUACAGCUGUCCCUUCACCCACUUCCCUUCACCCCCCCUUGUUUUCACCCAGCUGAAAUACUCGUUAACUGCAACUAAAACAAACAAAAGAAAAUAGCUAUUGCCUCCAUUUACAUACCACCAGUGACAAUAUUCCUACUCUUGAACUAUUCCUUGCUUGGAUAUCUCAAACUAUCUCCUAUGAAACCAUCAUUCUAGGAGACGUUAACAUUGAUUGGAAUACUCUGUGCUCUCUCUCUCCAACCUCUAGCAUUAACCUAUUUACUUUUUCUCAACUCAUAACCUUUCCUACUCACAUAACUCUAAAACUAACUCCAGCUCUACUUUGGACUGGAUUCUUACAUCCCAUCAUAUCAUAAUCCCACUACACUGCCUGACUCCUUUAGUGAUCACCUCCCAACUUCUAUUCAGUGCCACUCCUCUCAAGGUAUUAAAUCCCAGAUAUAUAGAGACUGCCAUAACCUAUCCAACUUUGACCCAAAUAAAUUCAACCAAACACUGUCUUCCAUCAACUGGUCCUUCCUUCACAACCUCCCUCUUGAAGAAGGUGUUCUACAAUUUAACAGCAUAUUUCUAAGCAUUCUUAACUCCAUGGCCCCCAUCAGAAAAAUUAGAGUUAAAUCUAAUUAUGCUCCCUGGAUUACCAAAGAUAGUCUCUCCCUCAUGCAGAAAAGGGACAGUGCCUGGAAAUCCUGGAAUAGCCACAAAACUACCUCAAAUCUCCUGCUCUACAGAGAACUUAGAAAUCAUGCUAAAACACAAAUCUACCUUGACAAAAUAACUUUUUACCUCAACCAUCAAAAAACCCUCAAUCCAACCGCAAAAAGUUCUGGUCCACUAUCAACAAAAUUCUUUACCCUGGUAACCCCCCCCCCCCAUCCGUUUCCUAACACCUCCUCUCUCUAGAACUUCUUAACUCCUUCUUCAUUAACUCCAUACAGAACUUACUUAAAUCCCAUACCAAUCAUGAGAACCUCCUCACCUCCACACAACAUGGAUUCAGACCUCAUCAUAGCACCACUACUGUCCUUAUAUCUUUCACUCAAGCAAUCUCCUCAUCUCUUGAUAACAACAAAUUAGUCUCCUGCCUGUUCCUUGACCUCUCUAAAACCUUUGAUACUGUAUCUCAUAAGCUCCUUCUCUCCAAACUAGCCUCCCUUAACCAUUGUAACUCCUCCCUCAGCUGGUUUUCUAGUUAUCUAUCUGACCAGCUACAAUCUGUUAAAUGUCUCCCUUCUACCUCCCCUUUUCUCACAAGGCUCCAUCCUUGGGCCCCUCUUAUUCAACAUCUUUACUAAUAAUCUCUACCUUUCCUGUCCUCUCUCCACUCUGAUUCAAUAUGCAAAUGACUCUACUAUCAUUUGCACAUCUGAUAAACUACCUCACCUACUCACUCUUACUCAAGAAUCUCUACAUUCUGUUGAAAAAUGGCUCUCUGCUAAUCAAUUACAUCCUAACCCUAACAAAACUAAACUUCUACUCUUCCUGCCUAAAUCUCUCCAACAUCUCAAAGCCUCAUUCUCCAUCUCCUCUCUAAAUAACACUCCCAUCAAAGCUGAAUCACACACUAAACUCCUCGGAGUUUAUGUUGAUGACGGACUUAAAUUUGACAUUCACAUUAAUAACUGUAUAAAAAAAUCAUCAAAAACUUGGACUGCUGUGCAGGAAUAAAAAAUUCCUAAGUCCUGAAUCCAAAUUAUCCUUAGCUCAAGCAUACCUUCUUCCCACCCUUGUCUAUGCCACCCCAUUAUUCACCCACCAACAAAAGAAUCUGACUACCAAGCUUGAACACACUUACAAUAAAACAGCUCAAUUCACCAGUAAUCUCCCUUAUCGAACACAACACUGUCUUGCCCUAAAAAACUCCACUGGCUUGAAAUCCAACACCAAAUCCUCCUGUCACAGCUCCAUCUGACCCACUCUAUCCUUCACCAUCCUCUUGUUUGUCCAUCUCUGACUAAUCUUAUCUCCCCCUAUAUCCCUAACUGCAGCCUACAUAGCUCAGACCAACUCCUAUUGUCUAUCUCCAAAUCUUACAAAUCCAUUGGUAAGAUACUCUAUAGACACUCUGUCACCUCUGCCUGGAA